AUGGUGCCAGUAAAGUCUGUCUGUCUCCUCAUCCAUGCACAGGAGCCUGAGGCUGAAGAGGACGAGGAAGACGAGGAGGAGGAUGGCCUCGGGCGCCACAGGAGCGCUGCGCGGAAGAGGGGCAAGGCCGCGGCCUUCAUCGAUGAUGUGGCGGAUGAAGACGACGAAGAGGAUGAGGAAGCCUCCAGGCAACAGAAGAGGAGUCGCUUCAUUGAUGACAUUGCCGAGGUGGAUGACGACGACGAGGACGACGAGCUGGAGGAGGAGGGCCUGGAUGACCUCAUCGACGACGCGGGUGAACACGUGCACGACGCCGCUGACAUGAUUGCCAUGCGCCGCCAGAUGCGCGAGGCGGAGAUGCAGGCGGCCAAGGACGAGGAGAUGAAUCCGGAGGAGCUGCAGGCCUACCUGAAGGACCGGUACGGCGGCCAGUCACACUACCCCGGCACUGGCGGGGCGGGGACGGAGGACUUUGGCGCGGUGGCGCAGCAGGCCCUGCUGCCCAAGCCUUCGGAUCCCAAGCUCUGGGUGGUGCGGUGUGCAGAGGGCGCGGAGCGCGAGGUCGUUGUGUGCCUCCUGCAAAAGUGCUAUGACCUGGCGCAAAAGGGGCGCUCCCUGCUCAUCAAGUCUGCCUUCUGCCAGGACCACCUCAAGGUGGGUGUGGCUGCGGUGCGCAAGCCCGCGCAGCCAGCCAUCAGCCCGCACAUGCAGCGGGGCUACCUGUAUGUGGAGGCGGUGAAGGAGGCGCACGUGGCGGAGGCGGUGCGUGGCAUGCGCGCCGUGUUCAACUCCAAGAAGCCGCGCAUGGUCCCCCUGGGCGAGAUGACGGCGGCGGUGGCGGUGCAGGUGACCGCGGCCCGCGGCGUGGACGUCGGCUCCUGGGUCCGCGCCAAGGCCGGGCUGUACAAGGGCGACCUGGCGCAGGUGGUGGACUUGGACGCCUCGGGCGCGCGCGCCACGCUGCGCCUGGUCCCGCGCCUGGACCUGGCCGCCCUCUCCGCGCGCCGGCCCGAGGACGCGCGUGCCAACUUUGGCCGCGCGCCGCGUGUGCGGCCGGCCGCGAAGGCCUUCAGCCCCGAUGAGGCUCGGCAGUACAAGACGCUGGACGUGCUGACUCAGCGCGACCGCACCACGGGCCAGCUGGUGCAUGUGCUCAACGGCUCCCAGCGCUUCAGCGAGGGAUACCUGAUCAAGAGCGUGGCGGUCAAGGGCCUGGCCCUGGAGGAUGGCCUGCCCCCACUGGACGACCUCCAGCGCUUCCAGGCCGCGGCGCAGGGCGGCGGUGGCGGCGGCGCGGGCGACCGCGCCGGCGCCGCCGACCUCGCCGGCCUCGUGCAGUCGCUGACCACUGAGGGGGAGGGGCAGGGCGGCGCCGCGCCCACCCGCUUUGCCAAGGGCGACCUCGUCCUCGUCGUACAGGGCGACCUGGCGGGCAUCCGGGGCCGCGUAGAGGCCUUUGGCGAGGACGGGCUGCUCAUGGUCGCGCCCACCGACUCCAAGCUCCCCGGCUUCACCGAGCUCAUCGGCCUGCACCCGCGCGAGAUCCAGAAACACUUUGAGUCUGGCAGCCACGUCAAGGUCGAGCACGGUCAGCACAUGGGCGAGACGGGGAUGGUGGUGACGGUGACCGGCCCCAUUGCCACCAUCUUCACCGACGUCUCGCGCCAGGAGAUCCGCGUGUUCGUCAAGGACCUGGUCCAGGCUGUGGCCGUCACCAGCAGCGUCGACACCAUCGGCGGCUACGAGCUGCACGACCUGGUGGCCUUGGACGCGACCACGGUGGGCGUGAUCGUGGGCGUGGAGCGCGACGCCUGCCGCGUGCUGACCAACCAGGGGCGGCCGGAGAAGCCUGACGUGCGUGUGGCGCUCCUCCCCGACCUCAAGCGCAAGCUGAACAACCGCAAGGCGGGGGCCCAGGACGGAGCCCGGAACGAGGUGGCGGUGGGGGACAUCGUGGAGGUGGUGGAUGGCCCGCUGCGAGGAAAGAACGGCACGGUACGCUACGUCGUGCGCGGCUUCCUGUUCCUGCAGAGCCGCCAGAUCCCCGACCACGGCGGCUACGUCUGCGUCCAGGCGCGGCACUGCCGCGUGCGCGGCGGGCGCAAGCCGGCGCUGACCAAGACCCCGGCAUACGACCCCGCCUGGGCAGCCACGCCGGCGCACCCGGGCUUUGCCGCCCCCUCGCCCUACCACCUCCCGGGGUCGCCCGGUCGCGGUCCCACGCCGGGCAUGCGGUACCACAUCGACACCCCGGGGUCGGGGCACCUGGCCCCCACGCCGGGGUCAUACCUGCCCACGCCGGGCAUGGCGCCCAGCCCCUUCUCGCCCGCCCCGGCCCUCACCCCGGGCCUGGCGGCCACGCCCGGGCUGAGCUACGAGGCGGUGCUGCUGCCGGGUGGCGAGGCGCGGGGUGCGGUGCACGAGGUGGAUGCCGCGGGGCUGCUCGCGCGCGUCGCGCCGGGGCGCCAGGGCGACGGCGGCGCCUGGGGUUACGAGGGCGCGGAGGCGAGCGUGGAGGUGCCGGUGAGGGACUUGCAGGCCGUGACCCCGGCGCGGACAGACACCGUCAAGGGCGACGGCGGCGCCUGGGGUUACGAGGGCGCGGAGGCGAGCGUGGAGGUGCCGGUGAGGGACUUGCAGGCCGUGACCCCGGCGCGGACAGACACCGUCAAGCUGCUGCGCGGCGACCUGGCCGGCCGCGUGGGCGAGCUGGUGGGGACAGACGGCGGCGACGGCAUCGUGAAGCUGGGCCCCGAGAUCAAGAUCUGGGAGCUGGCGCAUGUGGGGCGCGUCGUCCUCCCCGCGGCCUGA